AAUGAAACCCUCCUUAUGAGCCUGCUCCUUGACGUCCACCACACGCCCACACUGAUCUAAAGGCUGCCACUAUGACAAGGGACCAGAAUGGAACAUGGGAGAUGGAGAGUAAUGACAACUUUGAAGGCUACAUGAAGGCCCUGGAUAUUGAUUUUGCCACCCGCAAGAUUGCAGUACGUCUGACUCAGACGAAGAUCAUUGAUCAAGACGGUGAUAACUUCAAGACAAAAACCAACAGCACGUUCCGCAACUAUGCCUUGGAUUUCACCGUGGGGGUGGAGUUUGAUGAGCACACAAAGGGCCUGGACAACCGGACUGUGAAGACACUGGUCGUCUGGGAAGGUGAUGUCCUUGUGUGCGUGCAAAAGGGGGAGAAGGAGAACCGCGGCUGGAGGCAGUGGGUUGAGGGGGACAAGCUGUACCUGGAGCUGACCUGUGGCGACCAGGUGUGCCGUCAAGUGUUCAAAAAGAAGUGAUGGCCACACGGGAGGACUGCUGCACCUGUGCGCCCCACGCCCCUCCCAGAGCUCCCUGCUGGCUUGGAGAAGCAGCUGUGAGGACCUCCUGAGAGAGCCCCAUUAAGACAUCUAGAUGGGUUUUAACAGAAUGGGUGUGUAACAGUGACAGACGUAUUCUUUCUCCUUGAAAGCCUGGCAUUAAACAGAAAAACAAGAAUUACUCCCGUACUUUGGAAC